GGGUUGGUGCUAUCUAUGUUCGCCGUCGACCGCGUGUCAGGCUAGAACCCCUGCAAAGUGGAGGAGGCCAGGAGAGAGGACUGCGGUCUGGGACUGUGCCCACUCCUUUAGCAGUAGGCCUGGGGGCAGCAUGUGAAGUGGCACAGCAGGAGAUGGAGUAUGACCACAAGCGAAUCUCACAACUGGCAGAACGACUAGUUACAAAAAUAAUGACUGAGGUUCCUGAUGUGGUUAUGAAUGGAGAUAAAGAGCAUCGCUAUCCAGGAUGCAUCAAUUUAUCUUUUGCAUAUGUGGAAGGGGAGAGUCUUCUGAUGGCUCUGAAAGACGUGGCUCUGUCUUCAGGAAGUGCUUGCACAUCAGCUUCUCUGGAGCCUUCCUAUGUUUUGCGGGCAAUCGGAACAGAUGAAGACUUGGCUCACUCAUCUAUAAGAUUUGGCAUUGGUCGUUUCACUACAGAAGAAGAAGUGGAUUAUACAGUGCAGAAGUGCAUACAGCACGUUAAGAGGCUGAGGGAAAUGAGCCCCCUCUGGGAAAUGGUGCAGGAUGGAAUUGACCUCAAAAGCAUUAAAUGGACUCAGCACUGAGAAAACAUUGCUAUCCAUGGACUAGAUGUGGAUUAAAAUGCAUUUUCUGUACUUUCCUGAACAAACUAUGCAGCACCGAUGUUUUCUCACACUUGCAAUUUGACUGGAAAAUUACCCUUUAUGAUCACAAAGCCAAAAGAAGCCAAAAAUUCAACUAGUCUUUAUCCUGGAGAAAGGCAGGAUGAUGUAACACCCAUUGCAUUUAUACUGACACACAGAAAUUUAUGCUAAAACAUAAUUUACUUGGAAAGGUAUUUUCUAAUAAGAAAAUGAAAUCAGUGUGUUACUCCUGGACCA